CUUAAUUUGAAUUAGAAAGAUACCAUGGCUUAAAUAAGCUCUCUCUCUUCCUGUUCUCUCUCCAAACGAGGUCACUUGUAACCAAAUCAUAUAGUGGAGACCUGCAUUUGCAUGUAGAAAUCUGGAAUUAGCUUUGGAGAAUUUCGAGAGGGGUUGUUCCUUUGCUUUCUCAUACUUCUAUUCCCUUUUCAACUAGAAAAAAUGGCAGCAACUAUAGGGAUUAUGGAUAGUGCAUACUUCGUUGGGAGAAAUGAGAUCCUUGGCUGGAUCAAUGACAGACUUCAGCUCAAUCUAACUCGUAUUGAAGAGGCUGCAUCUGGGGCUGUGCAAUGUCAGAUGAUGGACAUGACUCACCCAGGAAUUGUUCCUAUGCACAAGGUGAAUUUUGAUGGUAAGACUGAAUAUGAUUUCAUCCAGAAUUACAAAGUGCUUCAGGAUGUUUUUACAAAACUCAAAAUUGAUAAGCAUAUUGAGGUCAACAGACUCGUCAAAGCGAGAACAUUGGACAACUUGGAGUUCCUGCAAUGGCUGAAACGCUAUUGUGAUUCUGUAAACGGGGGCCUAAUGAAUGAGAAUUACAAUCCUGUAGAGCGCAGAACUAAAGGUGGUAAUAGAAGUGUCAGGGGUCCCCUGAAGAACUCUAAGUCAUUACAAACAAACAACUCUGUGAACUCCAGCUCAUACGAUGCAGAUCAAGUGGCUCUUAGAAGUAGUACAAGCACUGGCGCGAAGCAUAUGAAGCCAGGGGCCAAUGAUACCUCGUCCAAGGUCCAAUCAAUGACCAAGGAGAUAACUGAUCUCAAAGUUUCAGUCGAUCUCUUGGAAAAGGAAAGAGACUUCUACUUUGCCAAAUUACGUGAUGUGGAAGUGCUUUGUCAGGCUCCUGAGUUAGAAAAUCUUCCGAUGGUUGUAGCAAUAAGGAAGAUUCUAUAUGCUGCAGACGAGAACAAGGACGCACUUGCAGAGGCGCAAGAAAUAGUGUCUGAGUUGAUGAAUGCAGAGCAAACUGGGUUAUCCGAUGAUAGCGUGAAAACUAACUCAGAGUAGUUUAAAAGGAGGUGACAUGGAAGAAAGGAUGCCAAUUCUCUUAAUUGCAUCAUUCUAGUUCAGUAAAUCUGCUGAAUUUGGAAAGCAUUGUAACUUUUGUUGGAAAUUUGUGUGGCAUUUUGUUCUACAAUUUAUGACAAUUUCUGGAAUUCUGGUUUCUUAUUAAUGAACUUUCAUCUUUGACCGA